UUGAACUCAGGACCUUUGGAAAAGCAGGCAAUGCUCUUAACCUCUGAGCCAUUUCUCCAGCCCCCCCUACUCUGUCCUCUUGAUGUGGUACUGAGAACCAAGGCUGGAGACCCAGUGGGGCAUUAAGACCAAGGUCAGAUGAGGUUCAGGUUGUCCCUGUAAGGGACACUCACCCCCACUGCCUCUAUCAGAUCCAAAGACCAGCUAGCCUGGGAGUCAGUGACGGGUCUACAGCCCUGCCACCCACUAGUGGCCAUCAGCCUCAGACCUCCACAUCAGUAAACGUCCCACCAUUGGGCUGUGUGUCUAGCAUGGCCCUGUCAAUCCUUCCACCCUGUUCCCAGCUCUUCCUCCUCCCAGACGGAGAACCACACUACCUGGAUCAGAGACCCUCCCUGCCACACCCUGAGUUCUCUCUCUUCCUGUCCCAACUCUGGCCCCUGGGAGAGCCCUCAGGCCCUUCACCUUUCAUGCUUGGGUUGUUUUUGGACUUCAGCUUCUUACAUUCUCAAUCCUCCUGAAAUCGACCCCCCCCCAUGAUUUCUUUUUAGCCCUGGCUGUACUGGAACUAGCUCUGUAGCCCAGCUGACCUUGUACUCAGUAUCUACCUGCCUCUGCCUCCUGAGUGCUGGGAUUAGAGACACGCUCCUCCAUGCCUGGCUGAUGGUUCUUUUUAAAUUAGAAAUUCACACAGCUGUAAAGAUUGUCCUUUCAGGGUACAUUCACCACCCAUGGGAGGAUCAGGAGCUCCAGACUAGCCUUGGCUGCACAGAGUGCAUUUACAGACACAGGCAGCCCUCACCUCUCUCCAGUUCUAGAACACCAUGUCUCCUUGGAGGAGGGCGUAUCCCCUGAGAGGUUAUUCCAUCUCAUCCCCAGCCUUGGAGUCCCACACUUGUGUUCUUGUGUCCUCAAGGUUCCUCCAAGCCGCACGUGCUGGAGUCUCUCCUGUUGAUGGCUGUGUGAUAUUCCUGGCUGUGGACAAAGUGUGCUGUUCCCACCUUCCGUGUGCCGUGAUUCACUGUUGUGGGUGCUCCUAAUUUUCCCAUGAGUAUCUAGAAAUGCGUUUGUGGACUUAACUCUAAGCUAGUGAGUGCUUUGCUGUCUAGGAAGCUCCCUGGCUGCUUCCUGGAGUCCUUGGGCUUCAGCUCCCCACCCCUCCUCAGCCAUUUCUGUUUUCAGUUUAUUGAGAUAGGCUUUUUGGGUGUAGCCUGGGCUGCUCUCCCAAUCCUCCUGCCUCAUCCUCUUGGGGUGAUGACAAGGGUGCCCCAAAGUGCCUGGCUUCACUCUGCUAACUGGAAUUGACACUUUUCUCCGUGCCUGCGCCGGUCUGCAAUGCAGUACAGGGCGUUCUGGGUAGGACUGAUGGUGCCAGGGUUGAUGAGGGCUUGGAACAUGAGUCUGCUCUGUCUGCUGCUUCUAGGGCCUUUGUCCUGGGUGACCAAGGGAGUGAGAACCUAGGAGAGCCUGUGGGCGCAUGUUCCUGACAGGAUGGCUAGGGCUCUUUGUCCCUGCAUGGGACCCUGUUUGCCUGGGCUCCUCAGCCUCCUUCCCAGGCUCUGAUACUCUAUGGCCCUCUUCUGGCUCACCUUCCCACAGGAGAGGCCACAGUCCCCAGGGGCAGCUGUGAAUGACUAUAGCCCCAUGGGGGAAUCAUACCACUGUAACCCCUGCCUGCCCACAGUGGAAAUAUCUUCUCCUUCCCUCUUUGGCCUUGGGGUCUCCUUCAGGGACACCAGGAAUGACCAUUUGUGGCCCAGGGCUCAGGAUGCUUGAGGAUAAGGAUAUGGGUUUGAUGAAGGGCUGGGGAAGCUCCGCUUAGCUUAAGUGGGGAAUAGAGGAGUACCUCGGCCUCAGUUCUAGCCCAGCUUCUCACGAUGUCCCCUCCUCCAGCCCCUAAUUACUGUCAUCCUUGGGGAGGAGGGUCACAGACGAGUCUAGUGCUUCAGUAGUUCUGGGGAAACUGAGGCUUUGUCCUCUAACCCCAAUUAAAAGCCCCAGGAGAAUAGGACCAGACCAGGCACUGGGCCUGGCAGGGUACGCCUUUGUUGACAGCCCUUCUGGGCCGAUCCGCCCCCUACAGUAAUUCUCCGCACUCUGCCAGUAACUGCCCUGACUUACCAGGCAGGCAUCAUUUCCUGAAACUCAGCCCAGCCUUAGGGGAAGUCGGGAGCCGGUGACUAACCCUCAUGCAAAUGGGGCCGGCAGGAUCACUGCUGCCUCCGAGCCCGACAGAGCUGCUGAGCCUGCGGCCACCGUGGUCAUGAGGCUGGUGCUCCCCGGCAGCUCUUCCAGGGGGACACGGCGGCCACUGCUCAGCGCCCCACACCCCGACCAUGUCGCAGCUGCGCUUCUGGCUGCAGUUCGCCGCGCUCAACAAGGACCCCUCCUGCCUCGAGGACCUCUCCAACGCCUCCAUCUUCUCGUCUUCUGUGGAUUCCCUGUCGGACAUCCCUGACACGCCUGACUUCGUGCACGUCGACAGCCUCAACGAGGUGCCCACCAUCUGGGACGUCAGCACCACCUCAGCUACCCCUGGCCAGCUGUUCCUGCCGAAUGGGCCAUUCUCGGCUCUUGAAGUUCCAGUGACCUCCCUCUCCAGCACCCCACUUCUCGUCAGCUACCAGGCCCACAGCCAGCCUGAGGAGGAGGAGGGGGAAGAGGAAGAGGAGGCAGAAGAACUGGGCCACGCUGAGACCUAUGCCGACUACGUACCGUCCAAGUCCAAGAUUGGGAAACAGCAUCCAGACCGUGUGGUGGAGACCAGUACACUGUCCAGUGUUCCUCCCCCAGACAUCACCUACACCCUGGCACUACCCACCUCAGACAACGGGACCCUAUCUGCUCUACAGCUGGAAGCUAUCACCUAUGCCUGCCAGCAACAUGAGGUCCUACUGCCCAGUGGGCAGCGCGCUGGGUUCCUGAUUGGGGAUGGAGCCGGCGUGGGCAAGGGCCGCACAGUGGCUGGCAUCAUAGUGGAGAAUUACCUGCGGGGCCGGAAGAAAGCUUUGUGGUUCAGUGCCUCCAAUGACCUCAAGUAUGAUGCAGAGCGGGACCUGAGAGACAUUGAGGCGCCAGGCAUCGCGGUGCAUGCAUUGAGCAAGAUCAAGUACGGUGACAACACUACCUCAGAGGGUGUCCUCUUUGCCACCUACUCUGCCCUGAUUGGAGAAAGCCAGGCAGGUGGGCAGCAUCGCACACGCCUCCGCCAGAUCCUGCAGUGGUGCGGCGAGGCCUUUGAUGGUGUGAUUGUGUUUGAUGAGUGCCACAAAGCCAAGAAUGCCAGUUCCACCAAGAUGGGCAAGGCCGUGCUGGACCUACAAAGCAAGCUGCCCCAGGCCAGAGUGGUGUACGCCAGCGCCACAGGUGCCUCCGAGCCCCGCAACAUGAUCUACAUGAGUCGCCUGGGCAUCUGGGGCGAGGGCACACCCUUCCGGACCUUCGAGGAGUUCUUGCACGCCAUUGAAAAGAGGGGAGUGGGCGCCAUGGAGAUUGUGGCCAUGGACAUGAAGGUCAGUGGCAUGUACAUCGCACGCCAGCUCAGCUUUUCAGGGGUUACAUUCCGCAUCGAGGAGAUCCCGCUGUCUCCUGCCUUUGAGCAGGUCUAUAAUCGGGCAGCCCGACUGUGGGCUGAAGCCUUGAGCGUGUUCCAGCAGGCGGCCGACUGGAUCGGCCUGGAGUCUCGCAAGUCCCUGUGGGGUCAGUUCUGGUCAGCGCACCAGCGCUUCUUCAAGUACCUGUGCAUUGCAGCUAAGGUGCAGCGGCUGGUGGAACUGGCCCAGCAGGAGCUGAGCCAGGACAAGUGUGUGGUCAUUGGUCUGCAGUCCACAGGAGAGGCGCGGACCCGCGAGGUGCUGGAUGAGAAUGAAGGCCGCCUGGACUGCUUUGUCUCAGCUGCAGAAGGCGUCUUCCUGUCGCUCAUUCAGAAGCACUUCCCUUCCACCCGGAGGAGGCGGGACCGGGGAGGCGGAAAGAGGAAAAGGCGGCCUCGGGGGCGCGUCACCAAGACUCCCAGACUAGCUCUGGAGGCAUCAGGAGUUAUCCGCAUUAGCGAUGGCAGCAGCACAGAGUCAGAUGCUGGCCUGGACAGUGACUUCAAUUCAUCCCCGGAGUCGCUGCUAGAUGACGAUGUGGUCAUCGUGGAUGCCCCCACACUCCCCACAGAUGACCGAGGUCCCCUGUACCCACUUCAGAGAGACCAGCAGGGGCCUGGUGUCCUGGACCGGGUAGAACGGCUGAAACAAGGCCUGCUGGCCAAGGUGCGCACACUGGGCCGGGAGCUGCCCGUCAACACGUUGGACCAGCUCAUCCACCAGCUUGGGGGUCCUGAGUGUGUGGCUGAGAUGACUGGCAGGAAAGGCCGUGUGGUAUCCAGGCCCGACGGGUCAGUGGUCUUUGAGUCCAGAGCAGAACAGGGCCUGUCCAUCGACCAUGUGAACCUCAGGGAGAAACAGCGCUUUAUGAGCGGCGAGAAGCUUGUGGCCAUCAUCUCUGAGGCCUCCAGCUCCGGCGUCUCCCUCCAAGCCGACCGCCGGGUCCAGAACCAGCGGCGCCGGGUACACAUGACCCUGGAGCUGCCUUGGAGCGCAGACCGUGCCAUUCAGCAGUUUGGCCGCACCCACAGGUCCAACCAGGUCUCAGCGCCCGAGUACGUCUUCCUCAUCUCGGAGCUGGCAGGGGAGCGCAGGUUCGCCUCCAUUGUGGCCAAGCGGCUGGAGAGCCUGGGUGCCCUGACCCACGGAGAUCGCAGGGCCACCGAGUCCCGAGACCUGAGCAAGUACAACUUCGAGAACAAGUAUGGCACCCGCGCUCUCAGCCGCGUCCUCACCACCAUCCUGGGCCAGACAGACAACAGGGUACCCCUGCCCCAGGGCUACCCGGGAGGGGAUGCUGCCUUCUUCCGUGACAUGAAGCAGGGCCUGCUCUCUGUGGGCAUUGGUGGCCGCGAGUCACGCACUGGCUGCUUGGAUGUGGAGAAGGACUGCUCCAUUACCAAGUUCCUGAACCGCAUCCUGGGGCUGGAGGUGCACAAGCAGAAUGCUCUGUUCCAGUAUUUCUCUGACACCUUUGACCACCUCAUCGAGAUAGACAAGAAGGAGGGCAGAUACGACAUGGGCAUUCUGGACCUGGCCCCUGGCAUCAAUGAGAUUCAUGAAGAAAGCCAGCAGGUGUUCCUGGCACCUGGGCACCCACAGGAUGGGCAGGUGGUCUUCUAUAAGAUCAGCGUGGACCGAGGCAUGAAGUGGGAAGAGGCGCUCACCAGGUCUCUGGAGCUGAAAGGUCCCUAUGACGGUUUCUACCUCUCCUACAAGGUACGAGGCAGCAAGAUGAGCUGCCUCCUGGCGGAACAGAACCGCGGUGAGUAUUUCACUGUGUACAAGCCGAACAUUGGCCGCCAGAGCCAGCUGGAGACCCUGGACAGCCUGUGCCGCAGGUUCCGCCGGGUCACCGCGGAGGAGGCCCGGGAGCCCUGGGAGAGCACCUAUGCCCUGUCGCUCGAGCACUGUAGCCACACCACCUGGAACCAGCGCUGCCGACUGGCACAGGAGGGCAAGGGCUGUGCCCAGGGUCUGCGCCUCCGCCACCACUACAUGCUGUGCGGGGCGCUGCUGCGCGUGUGGGGCCGCAUCGCCGCCGUUAUGGCGGACGUCAGCAACAGCAGCUACCUACAGAUCGUACGCCUCAAAACCAAGGACAAGAAGAAGCAAGUGGGCAUCAAGAUCCCCGAGGGAUGCGUUCACCGCGUACUGCAGGAGCUGCGGCUGAUGGAUGCCGAGGUGAAGCGCCGCAGCACCCAUGGGCUGGGCGCGCGCCCACCCACUCCACGCGCCAUCGCGCUUCCCUGCGGUCCUGGUGAGGUGCUGGACUUGACCUACAGUCCCCCCGCCGAGGCUUUCCCGCCACCUCCACGCUUUGCCUUCCCUUCGCUUCCACCCCCGGACCCCAGUUCUCUGAUGCUGGGGGCAAGAGACCCUGCCACCAACCCCGCAGAGCUGGCACACCAGGGCUGCGACAUCAAUUUCAGGGAAGUGUUGGAGGACAUGCUCCGCUCUCUGCGCGCAGGGCCCACCGAGACCCCUGCGCCUCUGGUGGGCAUGGGUGGUGGUGGUACAGAGCGGCAGAGCGUCAUCCACUUCAGUCCACCCUUCCCGAACUCGUAAGGCAGCCACCAUGGCCCCUGGAUUACAACUGUCCUGGGCAGCAAGGCCCACACCGGCUCCCCUGCGAGCAAAGAGGUUCCCACGACUACUGAGGGCACCUGGCCACAGUGCCUUACCCGCCAGCUGGGUGCGGGGUGGGGGUGGGGGGCCUCUCCUGUGCUGCUCCACACGCCCAGCCUGGAGGCCGUGGGGCUUGGUGGUCCCAGAGAGCUGGUAACUCAGGAAAUCCGGUGCUGAGGCCCCGCCGUCUAUGGGGACUCCACGGGGCAGACCCCGUUAAUAUAUGCAAUCCCCUCCUCCCUAAAUUAUUGUCACCCGCCACUUCCCAGCCCCGGAAUCCGUGGGCAGCUAGCGGGCCCUGGUUUCUAUGUAUUUAUAAUGAACUCUGGUGUAUAUAUGUAAAGAUCUUUUUUAAAAUAUAUGCGCCUUUUGCCUA